AUGGCGACGGCGUUUUGCCGGGCUGCGCUGGUGGCUUCCACGAAUCGGAAUGCGAAAUGGCUUGCAUUAUCGAAGCUCUUUAACCCUCGCCACUACUCCUCGUCGGCCAAAACGGCGUCAUCGCGUCCCCAGUGCGCGUCUGUGGCGGAGCAGUUCCUGCUCAGCGACGAUGCUCUUUCAGCCCCGACGCCGUUAGAGAUGAUGCCGGAUGUUCUCCGGCCGCGCGUCGUCGUGUACGACGGCGUUUGCCACCUCUGUCACGCCGGAGGGAGGGGGAGAGCGAUUACCAUUUUCAAGUUGGUUAUGAGCUAA